CCUUUGUUACCCAGCCCCGCCUCUCAUGCCUUUGACAAACACUCCAGUCCUCUUAGGUUUUUUACCAAGGUGGACUUUCAUCCUCCUCCUUCUCCUUCAUCAUCAUACUGCUUGGAGACUCUCUUGUCUGUCAGCAGACAGAGUAAUUUAAAGACCAAAUUAUGCCAAUGUUCUCCUGAUUCGACCCACAAGAUGGAUAUCCAUGACGUCUCGCAAGAAUCUGAAUACCUGCAACUCCUGCAGAGGCAAAAGAAAACUCUUCAGAAUGCCCAGUCUCGCAAAGGUCAGGCUCACAAGCCGACCAAGUCGCGCAACGAGAUCAUAAUGCAGUUUAUGUUUCACCACAUGAUGAGCAAUAACAGAGCCGUGCGCGCUAUCCGAUCCUCUUUUCUGCCACCCGCCUACUACCCCUCUGUUGCAGCCUCAAGUGAGCUGAAGAAAGCUCUAAUCAAAGAUCUCACCCUUGAGACUCAUCAUCGUGGUUCGUACAUUCUGGUGAGAGCAGUUACGCCGACUCACAGAAUGACUGCGAUCAUGGCCGUGGUGGAGGAUGAGAGAGGGGAUGUUUUCGUGCUGCAGCUGUACAACCAGGAAAAGGAUCUUGCUACUGAUGGCCGGCUCGUUGAAGGAACAGUAAUGCUUAUAAAAGAGCCUUACUUGAAGAUUAUGGCUGAUGGAAAUUGUGGUCUGCGAGUUGACCAUCUCUCCGAUAUUAGGUUCAUCCCGGAGUAUGACCCUUUGGUGCCGUCGGUAUGGAGAGGUCGGCCGGAAGAUCAUGCCUCUGCCAUGUUCUGGAAGACAAAAGGAAAUGGACUCUUUGACAAGGCUGCGUAUUAUCUCGCUAUUGACUGCUACUCCAAAGCUCUAGAUUCCUCCCCGACUCUCGAGGAAGACAUUACCAUCAGGCUUAAUCGUGCUCUGACUUGCCUCAAAACUCACCAGUUCGACGCAGCCCUUCGUGAUGUCGAGCUGGCCUUGGCAAACGACGACUCCUUAGAGAAAGCCUUGUUUCGUAAAUCCCAGGCCCUUUACUACCUCCACAGAUUCGAAGAAUCCUGUGAAGUUCACAAAGUGCUCAGCAAGGCCUACCCAAAUAACACCUCUGCUAAAAGUGAGUUCAAUCGGGCUACCGCACGACUCGCGGAGGGACGGAGUGGCAAGUAUCCGUUCAGACAACUACAACGAGAGGCAACAAAAUGUCGCCCUCCCCGUCUUGACCGUGCGACAUACAUUGGCCCUGUCUCAGUGAGGUCCACAGAGUCUCAUGGACGUGGUCUAUUUACGACAGAGGCGGUCCGGGCGGGUGACCUGCUCUUUUGCGAAAAGGCCUUUGCACAUGCUUUCCAUGACGAGGCUGGCGAUUCGAGUGAUCUUUCGCUCUUGAUGAACCUCGAAACACAGACUAUGACAAUGGGCACACAAGCAGAACUGAUCAGCCUUGUUGUGCAAAAAUUGUAUAAGAACCCGUCUUUAAUGUCAACUUUCACUGAUCUGUACCACGGCUCAUAUACCCCGGUGGGUAUCUCCGAGGUCGACGGUAUAACUGUCGUUGAUACAUUCCUGGUCGAGCGAAUAGUGUCCCUUAAUUGUUUCGGCUGCCCGGUCUCUUCGCGUGCAUCCCACAUAUGCACCAUUAACAGCAAGGCGCAUGAAGAAACAACUGACAAGCAAUUUCAUUCCUGCGGUAUCUGGCCUCUCGCAUCCUACAUCAAUCACUCCUGCUACUCCAACGUUCGCCGUUCAUUUAUUGGGGACAUGAUGGUGGUUCGCGCCACGCGGGAUCUCCCUGCAAAUACUGAGCUCACGUUCUGCUACAAAGCACCCUUGGACCAUGACACUAAGAUAAAACACCUGGAUCUACAACACUGGGGAUUCCAAUGCAGCUGUGCCAUCUGUCAGGAUCUCCAUGAAACGGGGAGUAGUGAUUUAACAAAGCGGAAAAGACUCACGGCUGACUUGGCGAAGGCCUUCAAGUCUCUGUCCCGCACCCGGAGACACAGUGCUGCGGUCGCAGAAAUCGAAGGUAUUAUUGAUACGUUUGAGAAGACAUAUCGUCAGCCAUCUUUGGAAGUGCCUCGUCUCGGGAUCUGGAACGCAUACUUGUCCUUGGCGGCAGUGCACGCCACGGGCAGUCAGCCGCGGAAAGCUAUUGAAUUUGCGUUCAGAACGUUGGAGUCGCUGGGCUACAUAAUUGAAGGUGGGCGACUUCCGCAUACAUCUGGCAUGAUGUUACUUGUCAGGAGAUGGGGCUUGUUGAUGGAUGGUCUUGUCGGGUGCUGGAUGAUCCUUUGCCGAGUGUAUUGCGAUGUAGCAGCCGACCUGGCUGAUCAAGCGGAAGACUAUGCGAGAACAACCUAUAGGAUGUGUGUUGGUGAGGAUGAGACGUUUGGGGAUACCUACAGUCGGUUCUCAGACCGGGUCGACGGGCUUAUUGUGGGCGUGAAAUAGGUCUAUGAAUCUCGGAUUGGAUAUGGGCAAAAACAUCAUUUCAGAAAGUACAGAGACAUAAAUAGUGGAGAUAAUUUUCCAGGAGGCCCAGACACAAUAGAUUGACACUAAAUUUAAUUAUCCA